AUGGCGCCCGUCGAUUUAAACUUGAAGCUUCUCGCAACGCGAGCAACAGACGGAUGUCCAAGCACAGUCUCGAGCGGUGGAAUCGCGGGUAUUGUGAUUGGGUCCAUCGCCGGAACUCUCCUGCUCCUGUGGCUGUGGCGACUUUGCCGAUUACCUGGAGCAUGGAGCGGUGGCGGUGAACCGGACGUGGGCUAUCGUCCCCCAGUGACUCGGACUCGAGGUCGCAGAAGAAGAAGCACUGGGUCUUAUGUUGACGUGAUUGAGAAACCAAGAAGUGUCCGCAGUUCGCGACACUAUCGGGAUGAUGUCCGGCGACCAACUAAGGUGUAUGUCACCUAA